AGGAGUUUACUGCAUUACGGGCUCAUGUUGAUGAUCAGCAGAGACAGAUUGCAGAACUUAGAGUGCAUGUCAUGCGGCUGUCCGGUUAGCCCGAUGCGUACUUCUUCCUUUGAUCCUGCGCCUACUACAGAUCGAAAUGUUUCGACAUCUCAGCAGCAGCCACUACCGUCUCCUAAUCCUGAUGUUGCAGACGAUACCUUUGUCACCCCUCCCGGCACUACAGCAUAUCCAGCAGGUUACAGAUCCUCGAAUAACUCGUUCUCCUCUAUCUCUAGAAGCCUAAAAGAUAACUCAAUAAAUGUUUUGAAAUGUUAAGUUCUUACGAUAGUCAAGAAUAAUAAACUUAGAGUUUUUUUUUUA